AUCCUGUAGCAGGUGAAAUUUUAUUUGGGCGUUGCAAGCUAACGUAGUUACAAUUGCUAACAACCAGCGAGCAAGCGUUAGCAAGCAAGCUAGCAACUCGUGCCAGCUAGAUAGCCAACUACGCCUUUUUAGUUCUGAUGGGGUUUUUCUUGACUUGACCCCAUGAGUGGCAGUCGCACCUCCCCGUUCCGGAACCAAGGAACAUGUGGACCCAGGCAGAUGGGGCUGCUGCUUGACAUGUCAUUGGAUGGAGAGGCUGACCCUGGGGGAAGUGAGGAGGUGCUAGAGGCAGAGCUUCUGUCUCUGAUUGGAGAAGGAGGGGCACCGUGUAACAGAAAAAAGGGUGGAGCAGCCCCAGUUUCGAUGGUGGAUAUCGAGCACAUGGCUGCGCUGUGUAUGAAAGACCUGGAUGAUGAGGAGGAGGAGGAGGGGGGAGAUGAAGAGAGAAAUCUGGAGAAUGAUGCGGACCUCUUGGCGGAGCUCAAUAACGUUCUGGAGGAAUCUGAAGCAGUGAGGGCCACGCCUGUGCAACAUUCAAACUCCACUGUGAGUGGCUGCGGCGGCCUGAAGUCCCGCCUCCUGGAGCGGAUUGACAUGUACCAGACAGCCGCGGGGAACGCCAGGGCCGCGGGGGAGAGCAGCCGGGCUCGGCGCUACGAGCGGGGACUGAAGACUCUGCAGUCCAUGUUAUCGUCAGUGAAGAUGGGAAAGCCAGUCAACGAGGAUGAAAUCCCGCCCCCUGUUGCCACAGGCGGCAGACCCACGUCUGCCCAUCAGGCAGCUGAGCCAAUCGGAGUGUGGGAGCACCCGCCACAGGAGCGUGCAUCUGUGCGCUCCAGCAAUGAGAGUCUCAGACAGGGGACUCCGCCUACUGCACCAAAACUCCGCCCCCAGCCGUCUCUGCAGAAGUCUUCUGCUGUCAGCUCACCUGCUUCUACCAUCAACUACAGCCAACAGGAUUCUGUCACGAAGGACCUGCUGCUGGCCAGACUGAGAGAGUACAAAGUGGCAGCUGUCCAAGCCAAACAGCGUGGAGACUUGGGCACGGCCAAACAGCACUACCUGGUAGCCAAGAAAUUACACACAGUGGUCGAGGCGUUUGAUAGAGGAGACUCAGUGGACAUCAGCGCCCUACCUCCCCCUCCUGGGGAUGCAGUGGUGGACAGGCAGACCCCCGCGCAACCCGCCGCCUCGCUGUGUGCAGCGCCACCUGUGGCCAGUUCUGCUGUUGCAGCCCCGCGCAGUGUGGCGGAAGCCCUGCAGCAGAGGAUGCAGAGGUACAAGGGGGCCGCAGAGGACGCCAAGGGCAAGGGAGACGACCGCAAGGCCCGCAUGCACAUGCGCAUAGUCAAGCAAUACCAGGAUGCCAUCCGAUCUCACCAAGCUGGACGGCCAGUCGAUCUGUCCGGACUUCCUGUCCCUCCUGGGUGCCCGCCUCUGCAGGGGUCAGAGGGCACUGAGCAGAACUUCACUGGAGUGGUAGAGGCUGCCGUCAGGCUGGCCAAUCGGGAUACAGAGGAGGAGGAAUGGGAGGAGCAAGGGAAGGAAGUGUCAAAGCCACCAGUGAGACCAGUUUCUCAGCGUGCUGCGAAAACCUCAGCUCCUUCUUCCCCUAAUCUGAGGACCCCUGGCCCCCCCACGGCCCCCAGUCAGGGGUUCAGAAUGGGAUCCAAAGCCCAGCAGCAGCUGGACUUCCUGCUGUCCAGGCGGCAGCAGUUGGUGCGGGCGGCGCUGCGCUCCAAGCAGCUGAAGGACAUGCAGGGCGCCGCCCUCCACCUGCGCCACGCCAAGGGCCUGGAUCACAUGAUCGCCGCCGCCAAGGCCGGGCUGCCCGUCGACAUCACCAAGGUCCCCAGUGCCCCCGUGGCGGAGGAAGGCUAUUCCCUGACGCAGUCCUGCAGCUCUGCGGUCUCCCCCCACACCGCUGAGCAGUACAACCAGCUGGUGGAGCUUCUGCGACAGCAGCACGAGAAGUGUCUCGGCUACUCCCAGCAGUUCACCCACAUGGGCAAUGUUGCUGAGACCGUCAGGUUCGAGAAGCUGGCGAAGGAGUGUAUGAACAACAUUGAGGUGCUGAGGCAGGCCCACGGGAAGGGCUACCCCGUCCCCAAAUUCCACACAGAGGAGCGCACCUUCAGCACUGUCAAGAUUCUUCCCAACCUGACCAGCAGUGACAUGAUAUUGACUAUAGUGAAGGGAAUCAACCUACCUGCUCCUUCAGGAGUUUCUCCAAAGGCUAUGGACACUAGCGUGCGUUUUGAGUUUCCUUUCCCCAGCUCGGAAGAAGGGCAGAAGGAUAAAACCAGCUCUGUGAAAAACACCAACAGCCCAGAGUUCAAGGAGCAGUUUAAACUCAACAUCAGUCGAGGUCAUCGGAGUUUAAAGAGGGUCAUUCAGUCCAGGGGCAUCAAGUUUGAGGUCAUUCACAAGGGUGGGUUGUUUAAGACGGAGAAGGUGGUGGGCAGUGCUCAACUUAAGCUGGAGUCCCUGGACAAAGAGUGUGAGGUCAGACAGCUGAUAGAGGUGCUGGAUGGUCGAAAGCCCACAGGGGGGCACUUAGAGGUGGUGGUCAGAAUUCGGGAGCCCCUGGGGGGGCCACAGGUCCACACCGUCACAGAGCGUUGGCUGGUCCUGGACCCCCACACAAUGCCCAUGGUCGCAGUUCCUAAACCAAAACCGCAGACUGAGACUGUGAAAAACGUCAGUGCCAGGUCGUCUGUGUGCACUCUCCUCUGACUGCCCUCAGUGAGACUGUGCCAAAACCACGCAGAACCGCUCCCACACUGCACUGCCCACCAUUCAGCCGGGCCCAAACUGGACCACUCCCCGCCCCGUAGAGGCUGGGGGCCCAAACUGGACCACUCCCCGCCCCGUAGAGGCUGGGGGCCCAAACUGGACCACUGCCCGCCCCGUAGAGGCUGGGGGCCCAAACUGGACCACUCCCCGCCCCGUAGAAGCAGGGGGCCCAAACUGGACCACUCCCCGCCCCGUAGAGGCUGGGGGCCCAAACUGGACCACUCCCCGCCCCGUAGAGGCUGGGGGCCCAAACUGGACCACUCCCCGACCCGUAGAGGCUGGGGGCCCAAACUGGACCACUCCCCGCCCCGUAGAGGCUGGGGGCCCAAACUGGACCACUCCCCGACCCAUAGAGGCCGGGGGGAGGCAUACAGGACAGUGUCCCUGUGAAAAAUGUAGAGAUGGGAGGGGAAGGUCCCUGGAUUAGAGGGUACCCCCAGAUUUGGCUGUAGAAAAAGAAUAAUUGAGCCCGCGCCAGUGUAGAUGAAGGGUUACGACAGGCUCAGAGAACUUACUUAAGGCUGGCGGUUAAAAGCAGUACGCGCCUGCUUCUGAGGCGUUCAGCUCAAAAAACAAUUAAUGAAGCCGAGAUCACAAAAAAAUACUCUUCAUUCGGUGCAGCUGCAUCAGUGCCAAAAAAGUGUUCGAGUGCAAACGUUUCAGUCCAAAGACUCCAUGCUUCUGAGGAUUUCACACAAAUAAUGAGAGUCAAACAAAAGAGGACUUCUUGCAGCUGAUGAUGUGUGUGCUCAGGACUACGGGAUCCAGAAACUGGUUUUAAUCUAUUGAGGGGGGGGGGGGGGUUGCCUGUCGUCACCCCAGGAGCUGCAGCGAGGGAUGGGCAGGAGCAAAAGGAAGCUGCUCUUUUUUACCAGACUGAAUUUGAUUACACCAUCGCGUUCCCUGAGCCAUCGGUUUAAUAUAUGUCUGCAUUUUUAUAUUGCUUUGUGCACUUUAUGAGUCAUGCAUUGCUCUAUGUCAUGGAAAAUUCAGUGUUUGCCUUACAUUGUGUAUAUAUAGUUAUUUUUAAAUGUAUAUAUAUAUAAUAUAUAAAAUCAUGUGUAGAUUUGGUGAGUGCUACAAGGGCCGAAUGGCCUAUUUUCAUCAAUAUGUGUUCUUACGCAGUAAUGACAGGCCAUAUAUCUUUCAAAUGUGAUUUUGAAUUAGUUACACAUUAAUCUCGUUUUUUUUUUUAUUAAUGCAUUUACACAUUUAUAUUUUAAUGAAGCCGUGAGUGAUUGUUGAUGUGACCUGCAGUGGUGCCAAAAUUAUGGGUGUGGGGGAACGGUGAUAAGGGGGCUGUGUGACACAAGAUGUUUUCUCAGCAGGUGUCAAACCUGUAUUUUCAGCAAAAGAACAGAGAAAGACUUAGCUAUAGUGGUGUCACAUCAUGUAAUAAUAACAGUAAUACCUUAUUAAAUGCUGGUGUGACUCCAUAAUUAUUUCCUGGUUAUUAUUUAUACCAAGAAGAAUUGUAAUAAUUAUGAUAAUAGUAGUAAUUGCACGUUUAAGUGUAGAGGAUCUUGGAUUGCUUCACGGAAAAGUGGUUGGCCCCAGGGUCUGUACUGUAUAAAGUAAAGCCCCAGGGUCUGUACUGUGUAAAUAAAAGCCCCAGGGUCUGUACUGUGUAAAGUAAAUCCCCAGGGUCUGUACUGUGUAAAGUAAAGCCCCAGGGUCUGUACUGUGUAAAGUGAAGCCCCAGGGUCUGUACUGUGUAAAGUAAAGCCCCAUGGUCUGUACUGUGUAAAGUAAAUCCCCAGGGUCUGUACUGUGUAAAGUAAAUCCCCAGGGUCUGUACUGUGUAAAGUAAAGGGAAAUGUCUAAGUAUA